UUCUCUUUUUCCUCCAGCACCCUGGGUGUGAGGCUGACCCGGGAUGACCUUGAGGGACCUCAAUCAGAAGGGACCCUGGUUUCUGAAAGUCCACCUAAGUUUUCUUUCCCCUGGCCAUCUUGCCUGACAGGAGAGUCCCUUUGGAGCUGGCUUCCUCCUCCUCUUCCUCCAUCUUCCCUCAGCUCUUUGCCCAGUCCUCCUCAGUCUGUCUCCCUUUUCUGCCUUCCCUGUUCUCCUGGUUUCCCCACCUACACUCAGCGAUCCUCCUUCCGCUUCUGCCUUCCUGGCUUUUGUGUGUAGAAUCCUUCCUCUCUGCUCCGGUUUUUCUGAGCCUCACCUGUCUUCUGUCCCUAGUCUCCUUGGCAGUCAGUUCGCCAUCAAUCCAUCUUUAACAGGUACCUGGUUCACCUGUCCCCCAAGAGCCCUCCUCCCUGGAGAGCUCCUAGACCAGACUCCUCCUUCGACCCUCCCUCUGCCCUGCUCACCUUUAAUUGAGAUGCUAAUGAGGCUUCUGUCGCUCCCAUCCUUGCCGGUGGCCGACGGGCGGUCUCCGGAGCCAGGCACUGCACCUGUCAGGUGAGAGGGUGGAGAGGCUCGGCUGCCAGAUUUAACUGGAAAGGAACCAGUCACAGCCCAGCCACACCUGGGAGCCGGGAGCAGGAGGCAGCUCCGGCCUCCUGCAGCCCGCGGUCCCCGAGGCAGAGAAGGAGGUAGCAGGGAGCUGGAGGCCAGGGCCAGAGAGCCUAGAGAAGAGGACCCAGGAGGAGACAGGGAAGGCAGGGGAGGAAGUGAGGCAGGGUCAGAGAGCCUGGCACACAGAGAGAGACCCAAAGAGAAGCGGGAGUCAGCUGGGCCAAGAGGGCGUGAAAGCCCGAGCGAGUCAAACAGUCUGGGAGGAAAAAAGGGCAAGAGGGAGAGGCGCUAAGCCAGGCAGGGUGCCUGUUGUGGAGACCCAGGGAGGCGCUAGCGGGCAAACGAAGGUGGCCUUCGCUGUGAAGCUCUGUGGUCACUCCAGUGAAGCUCCGUGCUGCCUAGUUGGCCCCAACUCCAGAAGGUCGGCUGGCUCCUGGAGAGGUGAAGGGUGGGAGGACUGAGGAAGAGGGAACUCAGCGUGGGAUGCGGGCACCGUCAAGGACAGCCCCAUUCUGCCUCCAUACUAAUGAUGCUGGACCACACCAGAGCCCCUGAGCUCAACCUUGACCUAGACCUUGACGUCCCCAACUCACCGAAGGGAUCCAUGAAGGGCAACAAUUUCAAGGAGCAAGACCUUUGUCCUCCUCUGCCCAUGCAAGGACUGGGCAAGGGGGACACGCGUGAAGAGCAGGCGCUGGGCCCGGAACCCUCAGCGCCCCGGCAGCCCACCGAGGAGGAGGAGGCACUGAUCGAGUUCCACCGCUCCUACCGGGAGCUCUUCCAGUUCUUCUGCAACAAUACCACCAUCCACGGUGCCAUCCGCCUGGUGUGCUCCAAGCACAACCGCAUGAAGACGGCCUUCUGGGCAGUGCUGUGGCUCUGCACCUUCGGCAUGAUGUACUGGCAGUUUGCCUUGCUGUUCGAGGAAUACUUCAGCUACCCAGUGAGCCUCAACAUCAACCUCAAUUCUGACAAGCUGGUCUUCCCCGCUGUCACUGUGUGCACCCUUAAUCCUUACAGAUACACUGAAAUUAAAGAGGAGCUGGAAGAGCUGGACCGCAUCACGGAGCAGACGCUUUUUGACCUGUACAAAUACAACUCUUCCUACACUCGCCAGGCUGGGGCCCACCGCCGCAGCACCCGCGACCUCCGGGGUGCUCUCCCACACCCCCUGCAGCGCCUGCGCACACCACCUCCGCCCUACCCCUCCCUCUUGGCGCGCAGCGCGUCUUCCAGUGUACGCGACAACAACCCCCAAGUGGACAGGAAGGACUGGAAAAUCGGCUUCCAACUGUGCAACCAGAACAAAUCAGACUGCUUCUACCAGACGUACUCAUCCGGGGUGGAUGCUGUGAGGGAGUGGUAUCGCUUCCAUUACAUCAACAUUUUGUCCAGACUGCCGGACACCUCGCCCGCUCUAGAGGAAGAAGCCUUGGGCAGCUUCAUCUUCACCUGUCGCUUCAACCAGGCCCCCUGCAAUCAGGCGAAUUACUCUCAGUUCCACCACCCCAUGUAUGGGAACUGCUACACUUUCAACAACAAGAACAACUCCAAUCUCUGGAUGUCUUCCAUGCCUGGAGUCAACAAUGGUUUGUCCCUGACACUGCGCACAGAGCAGAAUGACUUCAUCCCCCUGCUGUCCACAGUGACGGGGGCCAGGGUGAUGGUGCACGGUCAGGAUGAGCCUGCUUUUAUGGAUGAUGGUGGCUUCAACUUGAGGCCUGGUGUGGAAACCUCCAUCAGCAUGAGAAAGGAAGCCCUGGACAGCCUCGGAGGCAACUACGGAGACUGCACUGAGAAUGGCAGCGAUGUCCCCGUCAAGAACCUUUACCCCUCCAAGUACACGCAGCAGGUGUGCAUUCACUCCUGCUUCCAGGAGAACAUGAUCAAGAAGUGUGGCUGUGCCUACAUCUUCUACCCUAAGCCCAAGGGCGUAGAGUUCUGUGACUACCGAAAGCAGAGCUCCUGGGGCUACUGCUACUAUAAACUGCAGGCAGCCUUCUCCUUGGAUAGCCUGGGCUGCUUCUCCAAGUGUCGGAAGCCAUGCAGUGUGACCAACUACAAGCUCUCUGCUGGCUACUCACGGUGGCCAUCUGUGAAGUCCCAGGAUUGGAUCUUCGAGAUGCUGUCCUUGCAGAACAAUUAUACUAUCAACAACAAAAGAAACGGAGUUGCUAAACUCAACAUCUUCUUCAAAGAGCUGAACUAUAAAACUAAUUCGGAGUCUCCCUCUGUAACGAUGGUCAGCCUCCUGUCCAACCUGGGCAGCCAGUGGAGCCUGUGGUUCGGUUCAUCUGUGCUGUCUGUGGUGGAAAUGGCCGAGCUCAUCUUCGACCUCCUGGUCAUCACACUCAUCAUGUUACUGCACAGGUUCCGGAGCCGGUACUGGUCUCCAGGACGAGGGGCCAGGGGUGCCAGGGAGGUGGCCUCCACCCCAGCUUCCUCCUUCCCUUCCCGUUUCUGUCCCCACCCUACAUCCCCGCCACCUUCUUUACCCCAGCAGGGCAUGACCCCUCCCCUGGCCCUGACAGCCCCUCCGCCUGACUAUGCUACCCUAGGCCCCUCUGCCCCUCCACUGGACUCUGCCGUGCCUGGCUCUUCUGCCUGUGCUCUGGCGCUCUGAGAGAGCACCAGGCCAGUGCUCCCUUCACUUCAUCUUCCACAGCUGCCCAGCUGUCUUUGGUGUGUCCUGGAGGAACAGGCUAAGCAAGGGGCCCGGGAAGUUGUCCAGAGGACGGGGGGCUAAUGAGCUGCUCAGAGCUGCCUGCCCCUGCUUCUGAACACUGCUUUCUACACAAGCACGGACAAGUCCCCUUUACUCUUGGAUCAGCCAAGCUAAACUUGGAGCUUUGACAAGGAACGUUCCUGGGAAACGACCAAACGAACGAACACAUAAACAAGGCACAGAGAAGCGGCCACAGCCUUCCCACCCCGUGACCAGAGACUGGCCUGGCCGCACUGCUUUCAAGGACACAGAUGUCUGCUCCCCUUCUUGAACUUGGGUGGGGAACCCCACCCAAAAGCCCCCUUGUUAGUUCUUUGGCAGUUCUCCUUCCCUCACUCCUCAGGGUGGGGGCUAGAGUAAGCCGAGUAUAGGCCUGGCAUCCUCCUUCAUUCUCAAGACUCAAUCUCAUUUGGUACCCUGUACCCCAGUGCCUCUGCAUUGUCUCCUUCUUACUUGUGUGUCUUCUGAGCUAUUUCUUCAGUCUAGAAACUCCCUGCUCAAAGGCACCAUUGCUUCUGUGAACUCCUUUACCCUAUCCUGUCUCCCCCAGGAUUGCCCCCCCCCCCGCAUACUGUAUUAGAUGCUCACAUUCUUUUGUGCCCACCUCCCUGGGUAGACUCAACUGUGCUCAAGGUUGAGUUUUGCUCAUUUUUGUAUCCUUUCGGUCUAGCUCAGUAUCCCACUUGGAACAGGUAGGCAGAUACUCAAUAAAUGCUUGUUCCAUCAAA